CAGGUGUUGGGUUGCCCACAGCUCCAGAAGCUCCCGAUCUUGGGGAGUUCCGAAGUGCUCUCUGCCUGCAGCACUGGCGUGAGUUCCCCGGAGCUCAGCUGAACGAAAAUGGUUCACCACUCAGGGUCGAUCCAAUCCUUUAAGCAGCAGAAAGGUAUGAACAUGAACAAGAAUGAAAUACAGAAAGAACAGCCUUUAAAGCCUUCCAGGAGUCAGACUCAUCCCCAGAAUCUGAGUAAACAUUCUUCAUGUAAUUUCCCAAAUCAGAUACAACCACAACCUUCAAGCCCAGGACCAUCAGCUGCUCAUAAAAUAGCAGAUCAUGGUAGGAAGAUGGACAAGAUAGAAAGCAAUUUGUACAAGCUGUCUUCUUCAGCAAUUAGUGAUUCAUGCUUAGAUGUUGGGAAAGAUAGUUACGUAGAAGAAUCUGAACAUGGUACUGAUGAAGCUCAGCUCAUCAAAGCCAAGGUCACCAUAAGAAAACCAGAAACCAUGACUAAGAAGGAGAAGAAAGUUGCAGCAACACCGAGUCUCUUUUUCAAAGAUGGGAAAAAGCGCAUUGAUUACAUCUUGGUGUACAAAAAAUCUAGUCUUCAGGUAGAGAGAAGGAGUACAUUUGAAAGGAACCUCAGAGAAGAAGGCUUGAUGUUGGAAAGAGAGCAAUCCAUUACGAAUAGUGAUAUCAUGUUUGUCAAAAUCCACUGCCCGUGGGAUACGCUGUGCAAAUAUGCAGAGAGGAUGAAUAUCAGGAUGCCCUUCAGGAAAAAAUGCUAUUAUACUGACUGGAAGAACAGAACAUUGAAUAGUUUGUACCGAAAAACCAUCCAGCUGAGAAGCUGGCUUCCCAAAAACCCAAUGCAACUCGACAAGGAGGCUCUGCCUGACUUGGAGGAGACAGACUGCUACACCGCCCCCUUCAGCCAGGCACGUAUGCACCACUUCACAAUAACAAAUAAGGACACUUUCUUCAACAAUUCCACGAGAAGCAGGAUUGUUCAUCAUGUGCUGCAACGCACCCAGUAUGAAGAUGGAAAAACAAAAAUGGGUAUCAAUAAACUCUUGAACAAUGGCACAUAUGAAGCGUCCUUUCCUCCUCAUGAGGGAAGCUACCAGAGCAGACACCCGAUUAAAACUCAUGGAGCCAAGAACCACAGACACCUGCUAUACAUGCGCUGGGCCUGCUGGGGAAUGUGGUAUAAGUAUCAGCCCCUCGACUUAAUCAGGCGCUAUUUUGGAGAGAAGAUUGGUCUGUACUUUGCCUGGCUAGGCUGGUACACUGGAAUGCUGAUUCCUGCUGCCUUUGUGGGCUUAUUCGUUUUCCUCUAUGGAGUAUUUACCAUGCACUCCAGCCAAGUAAGCAAAGAAAUCUGCCAAGCCACAGAGAUCCUGAUGUGCCCCAUGUGUGAGAGAAACUGCAUGCUCCAGAAACUGAAUGAGAGCUGCAUCUAUGCUAAGGUGACACAUUUGUUUGACAAUGGAGGGACAGUCUUCUUUGCUAUUUUUAUGGCAAUAUGGGCUACAGUUUUCCUGGAGUUCUGGAAGAGAAGGAGGGCUGUGUUGACCUAUGACUGGGACCUUAUUGACUGGGAAGAGGAAGAGGAAAAUGUUCGCCCCCAGUUUGAAAGAAAGUAUGCUCAGGUGGAAAGAGUGAAUCCCAUCACAGGAAAACCUGAGCCUUACCAGCCCUUCAUGGAUAAACUUGUUCGGCUUAUGAUCUCCAUAUUAGGAAUAUUCUUAAUGAUUUCUUUGGUGCUCACCACAGUCUUUGCUGUCGUGGUUUAUCGUCUGGUGGCCAUGGAGCACUUUGCAUCUUUCAAGUGGUAUUUCGUCAAAAAAUACUGGCAGUUUGCCACUUCGGGGACCGGAGUCUGCAUCAAUUUUGUGAUCAUCAUGUUUCUGAACGUUGUCUAUGAAAAGGUGGCUUAUUUCCUCACCAAUUUAGAACAGCCUAGAACAGAAUUGGAAUGGGAGAACAGCUAUGCCCUGAAGAUGUUCCUCUUUCAGUUCGUCAAUUUAAACAGCUCUAUCUUCUACAUUGCAUUUUUCCUGGGCAGGUUUUCAGGACGUCCAGGAAAAUACAAUAAACUUUUUGACCGAUGGAGAUUGGAAGAAUGUCACCCCAGCGGCUGUCUCAUUGACCUCUGCCUGCAGAUGAGUGUCAUUAUGGUUCUAAAGCAGACAUGGAACAACUUCAUGGAGUUGGGAUACCCAUUGUUCCAUAACUGGUGGACCCAACAUAAGAUUAAACGGAAUGAGCAGGUGAUGAAGUUACCACAGUGGGAAAAAGAUUGGAAUCUACAGCCCAUGAAUCUCCAUGGAUUGAUAGAUGAAUACCUGGAAAUGGUUUUACAGUUUGGCUUCGUCACCAUCUUUGUGGCAGCUUUCCCUCUGGCCCCGCUCCUGGCCCUGAUGAACAACAUCAUUGAAAUCCGACUGGAUGCCUACAAAUUUGUCACUCAGUGGAGAAGACCUUUGCCUGCAAGGGCAACCAAUAUAGGAAUCUGGUAUGGAAUUCUUGAAGGAAUUGGGGUGUUAGCUGUAAUCACCAAUGCAUUUGUCAUUGCUAUCACUUCUGAUUACAUCCCACGCUUUGUCUACGCAUUCAGAUAUGGCCCGUGUAAAGGUCAAGGAUACAGUCAAGAAAGGUGUUUAAAAGGGUAUGUCAACAGCAGCUUAUCAGUGUUUGACCUGAGUGAACUUGGCCCUGGCCACUCUGGUUACUGCAGGUACCGAGACUACAGAGCCCCGCCAUGGAGCUCCCACCCGUACGAGUUAACCUUACAGUUCUGGCACGUCCUUGCUGCUCGCCUGGCUUUCAUCAUCGUGUUUGAGCACCUGGUUUUUGGAAUAAAGUCUUUCAUUGCUUACCUGAUUCCUGACAUGCCCAAAGAUUUAUCUGACCGAGUGAGGCGGGAGAAGUACUUAGUCCAAGAAAUGAUGUACGAUGCGGAGCUGGAGCAUUUGCAGAAACAGCGGAAAUGUCAUGGGAAGCAGUAUCACCAAGAGUGGCCUUAGCCGAUCCCAGAGCCCCAGAAGAGACCGAGCCAUCAGUGGGGAUGGAAGACUGUGGACUUCCUGUGCCCUACAGAGACGAUGUUCACAGUCAGAGCGUGCUGAACAUCACCAUGUGUCUCUGCUCCUCCAGCCCCCCUUCCCAUUGCUCAUCGAGCUGUGAUGCUUACCAUAAAAGAGUCAGAGGAGCUGCGGCCUCAGCUGCUGUUACUUGCUGUUCUCCUUCCUGCAGACUUCCUGUCCAGUCUGACCUGCCCUGGCCUCUCCUUGUCCUUCUGCGUGCCACAAUGGAAAAUGUGCUGUUGGAUGUUGGCUAUGCAGCUAAAGAAUUGCAUGGCCCUUUCCCUUUGUCUCUUUUUCAAGGCUAUACCAAAAAAAAAUAAAUAAAUAAAACCCUACAAAUCUGAUGGCUGUGCUGCCCAUUGAAGGGAAGAGAAAACAGCACUGCCUGGACCCAGUGUCUUUUGGGAGUGGCAUGGCUUAACCAAAUGUUAUUUUUCUUUUCAUAAAAAGUAGCUGGAGCGCCCUCUAUUGAAGAGGAGACUGGCAUUUUCUAUGGCAUUCAAAAGAGAAAGGGCCAAAGUUCUGACUUGGCAUACUUUGUUAGGGUAAAGUCAAUAUGAGUUUUCCUUUGAAUCUGUUGGGAAAGCUGUCCCAGAACGUUGCCGUGAAAUUAUGUAAAUAUAUUUUUUCCCUUUUUUUUGUUGUAUAGUGGCUCAUCGGCAGUGUGCAGUCUUUCGCUCAUUUGGCCACAAGACCCACUCUAGAUUAUGCCCUUUUGUCUUCUUUGUUCAGGGAAACAGAAGCUAGACAGCCUGCACGGGUUUGGCUCCUCUUGUGGAGAUAUAUGCACUCUCUCUCUCAAUGCAUGAAUGUAACUCAAUAUUAUGGCUAGAAUUAGAUAUUUGUGAGCUUUGCUUUCUUCUAAAAUCAAUUGGUUUUGUUUUGUUUUUGAGACAUCACACAAAACAUAAUGGAAGUUGAGGGAGAAAGUCCACGUUGGCUUUGUCCAUAGGGCUAUAGGAGCAAAAGUCAGGGCCAGUUUGACUUCAGAUGAUUCCAAUGUGAAGAAUGGCCUCAGUGAAUUACAAUAAACCAAUACCGUAGAGCAUUCACCUAAAGCCAGUAGAAUGGCUACCUUGUGUUGUCUAUUGGAGGAAUGAAGAGAAGCAUGGAAAAAAUCAAGACAAUUCCUUUCCUCUGUCCUAAUUUAAAAAAAAAAAAACUAGUCCCCGUUUUUUUGUAGAAAAUCUUUACAAUAAUAAUGUACUUUUUAGACUUAAUCUUUGUUCCAAAGCAGAAAUGUUUCCAAAAGUUCCCAGAUGGAAACCAAAUUUGGUAGUUACAAAUGGGAGUUGUGGAAAUUGACUUUUCCAUAGCUAUAUCAGAUGCAGAUAUUAGAAAGAAGUUUCUUACUCUUGGAAUUUGUUUCCAUAAUGAUGACACUAAAAUGAUCUCUCCUCUUUUUCCCCCUUUACUUUUAGAAGAAUGCCGGUAAAUAAUAGUGAAAAUACAUAGGAACUUUUCAGUUUUGUGUUGAAGAGCCAAGCUUAUGCCCUGUUCAUUAGAGCAGAGGGGAUCUUUAUGUCUCUUUCCCUGACACUUGUAAGCAAGAGGUAGUCUCUACUCAAUCUGCUCCAAAGAUUGCCCUUUUCCCUCUCCAAGCAUCCUGCUUUUGUUAAUCUAACAACAGCCACCGUAAAGUCCAUUCAGGAGUUUUAGCACCACCAUUUUGCAGAACACUAUGUUUUCUUCCUAAUGGGUUCUACGUAUGCACCUUUUAGGGGGCACGCCUCGACUCUGUGCCCAGGUAAAUGUGAUGUGUGGCCUUUGUGUAUCAGACCUCAGAGGCUCUUUGUUAGGCACAAGGCAGAAAUCGCCUCUCUCUGAAACUUGGCCCCCAGCGCAGAACAAUGUUGAAGGUUUGGUAUCUUGAUUUCUUUAGUGUAGCUAGUGCCCUGCCUAAUGCCCAAGACUAUGUAGAGAAUGUAUUUGAUUAUUUUUAAAAAUCUGACACAAGAUGCUGAUUAAAAAUAG